AUGGGCUGCGUCUCAUCCAAACUGUUCAAGAAUGAUCUCAGAGAAGAAGUAAUCAUCACCCACGGCGCUCUCAACCACGUCGUCUCCCUCACUUCCAGCACUUAUGGCCUUCUCAAUCUCGACAAGGACCCUAUUGUUGUUUCCGAGGCCACUCUUAAGCAAUCUUCUCCGAAAAAGGAAGAUCCGGAAGUUAUCAAUGCGUGGGAACUGAUGGAGGGGCUUGAGGAAGCGGUGCCGGUUAAGAGGAGUAGUCCCAAGUCACGAUCUGUUCUUCGCGGGUUUGUGGAUUUCGAUGCGAGGAGUCCGUUGAAGAUGCUGAACCAGUUGGGAUCGCCGAUGAAGGGGAGGCGAUUUGGGGGGAAGGAGAAUAAGGGGAGAGGGUAUAGUCCCAAAGGUUGGGUGAAAUCGAAUAUUGGGUCGGAGAAUUCUUGCAAGAAGGCGCUGAAUAUGAGUCCGGCGGUGAAAGGGUCUCCGGUUUCUGCACAAAGGAGGAGUUUCGGGAGUGAUUCGUCGAGGAGGAAGAGUAUUAGUCCCCUGUUUGAUCCAGAACUGGUUGCUUCUUAUGAGAAGGAAAUGUUUGAAGAAGAAGAGCAGAUCAAGAGGGUGGUCUUGCCUUCGCCCAAGACACGAAAGAUGAGGUAUUGUACCCGAGAUUCUGAGUCUAUGCUGAAGUUGUUUGAGAAGAAAUGCCCUCCCGGUGGCGAAAAUGCGGUUGUUAUUUACACUACUACGUUGAGAGGGAUUAGGAAGACAUUUGAGGAUUGCAACAAUGUGAGGUCAAUUGUGGAGUCACACCUUGUUCGCGUGCUCGAAAGGGAUAUAUCGAUGGAUUCGGGGUUUAAGGAGGAGAUAAGGGGGCUAAUGGGGAGCAAAGAGGUUAGGGUACCGCUUGUGUUUGUGAAGGGGAGGUUGAUUGGCGGAGCUGAUGAGAUUGUGAAGUUGGAGGAGGAAGGUAAGCUUGGGGUUUUGUUCGAUGGGAUCCCGAAAGCGCUUGUUGGGUGCCAAGGUUGUGCUGGAAUGAGGUUUGUGAUGUGUGUGGAGUGCAAUGGAAGCUGCAAGGUUUUGGAUGAGGCGCAAAAGAAGAUGGUCAAAUGUGGUGAGUGCAAUGAGAAUGGUUUGAUUCAUUGCCCUCUUUGUUGCUAA